UUUUAUUGAUUUAUUUAUUGAUUGGUUAUAUAUAUACAUAUAUAGUCUACUAAUUAGUGUGUUUGUAUUGAAUUAGACUGCUUUACAAACGAGGCUAAUGCAAUGAAUAAACCAUGUGAAGUCGAUUUAGACAUAGCACGAACAUCUAAAGGACCACGUGAAUACAUUUAUAAUUUAUUAACAAAAAAUAAUCCCCAGGUAAUUAAUCGACGUUAUUGUCUACCAAAAAUUAAAACAAAUCCAAAAGUGCAUCAUGGGGAAGAAAUUAAAAAGUAUCCAGCUAAAACAAUGGGACCACCAUCAAAAUAUGAACAUCUCCCACCAAUUAAUGGUGCUGGUCAUGAUGAUAAUGAUGAUGACAACAAUGCGUUGAACGAAAAACCAUAUGACUACUUGAAAAAACAUUCGAAAAAACCAUAUACCACCCUGGAUGCAUUGAAAACAACUCAUUGGAAGGAUAAAUGUCAUAGACAUCCACCAAAUCCAGCAGCAGAAGUUAAAACUAUACUGACUGAAGAUGGUACACCAAUAACUAUCCCGAUAAAAUGUCUUAAAACACGUAAACGUUCUAUAAAUUGGAUAACACAGAAUGCAAUUGCUACAAUUAUAGCUAAACCAGGUAGUCGGCUACCACCAGAACCACGUAAAGCUAUUGUUGAUACACGUUUUGGGGAUAAAUAUCUUUUAGCAAAUCAACGUACUCGAUGUGGUUUAGAAUUAUUUUAUGUUUACGGGAAAGAAUUUGGUAAAAUACCAAAAUAUUUAAAAAGACGUAAAGAUUUAAUUGAAAAGACAAAAAUGAAUCUGGCGCAUUAUUUUAAUGAGAAAGCGUUACAGAAUUCAGAUUAUCUCUUGACGCAUACACAACGCGAACAGCUGUUGAAUGGAUUAAAAUCCACCUGGGAAAGAUAUAAUCGAAAGUAUCUUGGCUUGGCAUCAAUUAAUGAUACGCUUAAAGGUAAAGCUUACAAACUGUACUUAGAAAAACAGCUAGAUGAGCUGAAAAAGGAUGUUGAACUGAUUGAAAAGCAUGAAUUUAUUUUUAUCGAAGCCCCGAAAGAGACAAAAUCAGGUAUCAAAGAUAAUCAGGGUAUCAUCUGUGCUUAACAUUCAUAUUAAAAUUGUUUUGGCUUUGGUUUAUUUUUACAAAAAUAGAAGCAGCGACCAAAAGUGUGCUCUACACUAUAUGAAUAUACUUCAAUUUGUAAAUAUAAAUAUUCAUACAUAUACAUAUAUAUGAAGCCAGUUGUAUUCAAUUAGUUAUUCUGUAACGACAGAAGA